UUGAAACUAAACAAUCAAAAUGUAAGAAAAGUUCAACCCUUUUCCGCUUAUUGAUACAGAAGUUUCGGGGCGAACCCUGUGUUGAACUUGCGUUGAAUUCAACACUGGGCCGUGGAGCAGCUGCUGAUAAAGGAACGAUUUCGACGUUCAUGUGGCAUGCAAAAGCUCGCCAAUGCGGGCAUGCCGCCGUACCUCUGCUGUUUCUCUCGCUUUUGUACAACUACUAGCUUUGCUAAAACCACUAAGCCAAAGUCCAUUGUUUCUCUCUACUCAAUUUCCGCCCUCCUCAAGCUCUGCAAGACCCACAUCGACCUCCAGCAAGUUCAUGUCCGUCUCAUCCAGAAAGGGCUCGAGCAAGAUACUUUCCUUGUGACCCAAUUCAUCUCCGCUUCCAACUCAGUUGCCCACAUCUCCUAUUCUACAUCCGUCUUUGAUCGUGUUCUCUCACCCUCUACAAUUCUUUGGAACUCUCUCGUCAGUGGGUACUGUGCGAAGUUGCAGUUUGUUGAUAUUAUUUCGCUAUAUGUCCGUAUGAAGAGGGAAGACGGCGCUCCCGAUAGGUAUACGUUUCCUUCGCUUCUCAAGGUGUGUGCAAGUGAGGGUAAGAUGAUGGAAGGGAUGGCCCUUCAUGGAUCCAUUUUGAGAUGUGGUGUUGAUGAGGAUAUAUAUGUGACGACGAGUUUAGUGAACUUGUAUGGGAAGGGUGGGUUAAUAGAAUGUGCUCGUAAGGUGUUUGAUCGAAUGUCAGAGAAGAAUGUGGUUUCUUGGACGGCUAUGAUUGUUGGGUAUUCGAGCGUUGGGAAUUUGGUGGAGGCAAAGAGGCUUUUCGAUUUGAUGCCGGAGAGAAAUGUGGCGUCGUGGAAUGCAAUUAUAGGUGGGUACAUGAAAAUGGGUGAUGUAAAGAGUGCUGAGAAGGUGUUCGAUGAAAUGCCAGAGAAGAAUGUUGUAUCUUUCACAACAAUGAUCGAUGGGUAUGCAAAAGCCGGCGACAUGCUUUCUGCCAGGAACUUAUUUCAAAAAGCACCUGAAAGGGAUAUUAUUGCAUGGUCGGCUUUGAUAUCUGGGUAUACACAAAAUGGUCAGCCAAAUGAGGCAGUCCAGACUUUUCUUGAAAUGAGUUCUAGGAAUGUGAAACCUGAUAAGUUUGUAUUGACAAGCUUAAUGUUAGCCUGUUCUCAGUUGGGUAAUUUGGAUUUGGCCAAAUGGGUUGACUCAUAUGCUACCGGGUGUUUAGUUGAUUUACGUGGGGCACACGUUAGGGCAGCUCUUAUAGAUAUGAAUGCUAAGUGUGGAAACAUGGAGCGAGCCAUGUAUCUGUUCGAAGAAAUGCCUAAAAGGGAUCUAAUCUCCUACUGUUCAGUAAUGCAAGGUUCGUCAAUCCAUGGGCAUGGAGAUCAGGCUGUGUCACUCUUUGAGAGGAUGCUAGAUGAAGAUCUAACCCCCGAUGACGUGGCCUUCACAGUCAUCUUAACAGCUUGUAGCCGUGCUGGACUUGUGGAUGAAGGCUGGCAUUACUUUGAAAUGAUGAGGAAUAAAUACUCCAUGGUUCCCUCUCUUGAUCACUAUGCAUGUAUUGUUGAUCUUCUUAGUCGAUCUGGGAGGCUAAAAGAAGCUUAUGAGCUCAUAAAAUCCUUACCUGUUCAAUCUCAUGCUGGUGCAUGGGGUGCACUGCUUGGGGCCUGCAAAUUAUAUUGCGACUCUGAGCUUGCAGAGGUGGUAGCUUCUCGACUUAUUGAGCUUGAGCCUGAAAAUGCUGGCAACUAUGUGCUAUUAUCCAAUAUCUAUGCUGCAGCAGAUAGGUGGCUGGAUGUGUCUGCUGUAAGAGACCAAAUGAAUGAAAGAGGGCUUAGAAAAAUACCCGGUUGCAGUUGGAUUUAAUGUACGACGACCUUACUUGACUUAACAAGAUCUAUUCUAUAGGUUAUACAAGUGUGCCAUUGAGUUCCAAAGUUGGAUUUGGUGUAUGGCACUGCCGAUGCAAUUUUAUCUGAACCAGCAUGGAUCUGUCUCGGUUUAUCAUCUUAAUUCAUUAGACUGUCAAUAUCAUUGCUAUGCUGUUGCUGGUAUUCAACAAUGAGAAAGAAUUGAAAUUGAAGUUAAUUGGUGAAAACUGAAUUGUGUUCCAAGUAAGUCGUGGCCACAGCAGCAUGAAGAGCUGCUCCAAUUGGAAGAGCCUCUUCAUCAAGGGAAAAGUGCGGUGAGUGUACUGGCCGAUUUGAUCCCAGAGUCUCGUUCCCUGUCCCAAUCACAUAUAUGGUAGCUGGAAUCCUCUGUGAGAAGAAGCCAAAAUCUUCAGCUCCCAUGGUCCAUGGAAGGAGUUGCACAUUGGAUUCUCCAAGUAAGCUAUUUCCUACCCUAUUUACAUGUUCAAACAAUGCUUCAUUGUUAACCAUUACUGGUGUAUCCUCCAUAAACUCCACUGAAGCAUAACAGUGGUGAACUAUUGCUUGUGUGUUGAUGACCUGUUGAGAAGGAAUUUAGUUUUGUCCAGCUUCAGAAGUAAAAUUGAAAGUUGUUAAGUUGGUCAACUGAAAUACAUGUCAUACCUCUCUGAUCCUUUCUUUGAGGUAAGACAAGCCCUCAGGCGACAAGCUCCUAAAUGUUCCCCCAACUUUCACGGUUUCAGGAACUACAUUUUCUGCUUGCCCUCCGUCAACAAAUGCAACUGUCACCACCUACAUUGCUGAUUAUUAGUUAACUACAUUGUGUUUUCAAGUUGCAUUUAGUUUAUCGAGUGAACUGGCCAUUUUUUAGUUGUUUGGACUGGAGUUUUGAAUCUCGUUGAGAAUAUAAUAAUUUUAUCUCAUAUUAUUCUGUCCUUGUGGUCUUACGGUCUUAACAAAUUGAUAAGAUUACGCACUUGAUUUAGAGAGUGCAAAAAUUACCCCAGCCUCGAGAGGAUCCGUCUCACGGGAUACGAUCUGUUGAAGAGCCUGAAUUAUGAAAGCUGUUGCCAAAACUGGGUCCUUCGUCUUAUGUGGGGUUGCUGCGUGUCCACCCUUUCCCCUGAUCAAGGCUGAAAAGUGUCCUGCUCCAGCACAUACUGGACCAGGCCUAGAGGCUAUGACACCGGUUGGUAAGGAGGGCUGUACGUGCAGUGCAAAGAUUCCAUCUAUGCCAUCAAGGGCAUCAUCUUUUAACAUUUGAUAAGCUCCAUUACACUCUUCUCCAGGCUGGAAAACUAGCUUCACAGUUCCCUUCAGAUAACAACACAUUCAAACAAUCCUGGUCAGUCUCCUUCCCGGUUAAAAGAAAAGGAAAAAACAGGAUUCACAAUCAUUAGUCUGAAAAAUUUUACCUUCAAUUUCUCUCUUAUACUCUGUAGUAACCUUGCUGCUCCUAAUACCAUAGCAACAUGUGAAUCAUGACCGCAGGCAUGCAUUUUACCUUCUACCUUGCUUUUGAAUUUCCAUUCUACCAGUUCCUUCAAAAUUAUGAUGAGAUAAACUUUAUGUUAAGCUUGGAGAAUCUGAAACUUCUAUCAAUUGUACUCAGGUUUUGCACUACCUGGCAUGAUUAUCUCUAUUGAAAACAAUUAGCAUAGGUUGAAUUUCAAUUUUUCAAGUAAAUGAACUUUUGUAAUGAUUAGAUAGGAAGGCUAUAGGUUUAGAUGAAACUGUUGCUUGAUAUGCUAUUCUGGUGUGGAAUUGUACGAAAUCAUCUCAGUUUUAGUUUAGAGAAUUAAUUUAUCAAAUCAUAAAUAUUUUGGGAUCCA